AUGUUGGAAUCGCCCAUUAUUCUCAGAAGGCUGUUCUCGAGCUCUUCGAGUUCUGCAGCCAGAUCAUACAAGGCAGUCGUUACCAGGAGAGUUGCCAAAAGGCCAGAAUACAAAGAGGGCGACGUAAAACCACACACCGUCUUCGUGCCCAAAGAGUUGCCCAAAUAUCCUGACUACAAGUAUGGUGAAUAUACCACCUUCAAGAAAGCCAACAAAGCUUUGCUCGGAGGCCAGGUGAUCAACUUCGGUAAGCAAUAUUCCGAGUUUGGAAACAAGAGCAGUAGGACGUGGAGGGUGAACAUCCAGAAAAAGAAGCUCUGGUCCGAGAGCCUGGAAAAGCUGAUUCCAUUGACGGUAUCUACGCGUGUUCUCAGCACUAUCACUAAGGAAGGUGGCCUUGACAAUUAUCUUUUGAAGGACAAAUCUGCCAGAGUCAAAGAGUUGGGUCCACUGGGUUGGAGACUGAAGUUUGACAUACUGUCGAGGCAGGCCACUAUCAUGAGGAAGGAAGCUAAAGAGGCAAAAAUCGAGCAGCUCAGCAAGGAUGAGGAGGAGAGAGUUUAUUUCAAGGUUUUGAUUGGUGGAGAACCAGCUAAACUCAAGGUUGGUAAGAGAAAGCUACUUAAGGAGCUGUUUCCCUUGGCCAAGAAGAACUCAACGAAUUUGAGUUUUGCAAAAUUUGGCCAUACUGUCAAGAACACGAGUGUUCAGGACGUAGUAAACCGGUUGCAGGAAUAUGGCUAUGAUUUCUCCAAGGUGAGGGUGUAA